AUGGUGCACAUAUUGAAGCGCAUGCGCAAGUUACGCGAGGCAAGCGCGCUCAUACUGCCCAAAGAGGUGUCGAAGAUUAGCAUGGAAUUCAACACAAAACUCUACGGAGGACAUAGAGGGGCAAGGAAAUUCUGGCGCAAUAUGCUGCCCCGGAUGAAAUACCGUAACCCAUCCAUCCCAAUGGAAGUCGCGCGACACAACGAUCCCGAUGGUCCCUCACUCCUCCACAUCUUCACAGCAACCAAAACACAACCAUCGACUGGCUCCACAAACUCUCCCACAACGCAACAAUCAGACGCUUCACCGCCAUCCGCAACACCAAACCCGCGUAAUACGCUCGUACCCGAUACCUCGAAACCCACGUUUUCGAUUGACAUGAGAGACCAGUCGGAGAGCGAGAUCUUAGAGGCACUGGUGGAGAAGAUAGGCGCAGUGGAGAUCAAGCCAACGGAGGAGGAGCUCGCUGAGAUGAAGGAGAUUGAGGAGUUCAAGGAGAGGUCGGAGGCGGAUAGAGUGCUGGUUAGGGAGAAGUUGAUCAAGGAGCGGAGAGAGGCUGAGCUGCUCAAGUUGGCGAGGGGUGAGGCACCGGCUGCCAACUAA